CUUUUGACUUGUGAUUAUAAUAAAUAUAUUAUAUUAAAUUCUCCAUGGCAUCAUAUUUACCAGCAAGACAAGUACAACAAAGAAGAUUUACCGUAUCCCAUACAGAUAAACGAUCAUUACCUGAACCCUCUUUAUCACAAACACCAAAAUUACAAAGAACGUCUAUUGAUACUCCAAAAAGGAAACAACAAGAAGUAAACUAUGGAUCAACAUUCACAUCUCGAAGAUUCACCACUAAUGUAAAUGAAGCCUAUGGAUCUUUAUUACAACAACGACAAGAUCAAGAAGACCAACCGAGGAUUAGUACUUUGCAUCCUGCUACAUUUACCAGUCCAGACCUCGAACUCUUCAACAAAGGCAAUGGGGUCGAUAUACCAAAAUUCCAUACUGAUCCUCGCGAUAUCAAAAGUCCUGAAUUCCAACGCAAUGCUAUCCACAACAUUAUUGCCUACUUGACAAUACAUCACUAUGGAGGAGUCGUGACACGAAGGACAUUACGAAGUUUGGCUUCAAGAGAUUUUCAAGCUAUCUUCAAGUUUUUACACAACCGCUUGGAUCCUAGCUAUACUUAUACUAAACUCAAAUUUGAAGAUGAAAUCUUGGAUGUCUUGAGGAUCUUGAGUUAUCCAUUUGUCGAUAGUAUUAGUCCGAAAUCUUUAUAUUCUAUUGCUGCUCCUCAUUCCUUACCUACUUUCUUGGCUCUUUUAUCAUGGAUGGUGGAUGUUUGCAAGGUCAAUGAUGUGUUGCAAGGUGAAAUUGAAAGACAUAUGGACCAAGAAGCAGAUAUUCACAUCAACGAGGAAAUGGGACCGGAUGAAAUGAGUAUGUUGUUUUUUGACUAUUCAGUAUCAAAGUACAAUGCGUUCAUGCAAGGAGAUGAUCAUUCCAAAUUCCUGGACGAUGAACUCAAUAGUGUUUUUGAAGCCAUCAAUGAAGGUGGUAUUGAACGGAUAAAACAAGUAUUGGUUCAAAAGGAAAAGCUACAAGAUGACAGAAAAAGAUUGGAUGAACAUAUGAAACUAUUCAAUGGUAUACGACAAAAGAAGAUGGCAACUGAACAAAGAAUUGCUCAACUCAAUGAUGAUAUCGAAUAUCAAAAAAGACGAGAGACCAAAUACAAUAAUGCCAAUUCUGAACUUGAAAGACAAACAGCUAAACUAUCAACUGCCAUGACUUCACUCAAGGAUGAAAUGGAAGUGAUCCGAGCAUCUAUCAAGGACCCACAUUUAACUGAUACUGAGAUUGAUGAACUAUCAAGCCAGCAAGCAAAAUGGGAUCAAGAGGUAGAAACUUCAUCAACCAAAUUACAAGAAAUUCAACAACUUACUUGGCAAAAUGAAAUGCAAGUUGAAAAACAGCGUAGUGAAAUUGAACAAGCAAUGGCCAAAUACAAUAAUAUGGUAACCAAGAUGGAUCGUAUUUCUCUUGAUGGCACUGGUUUAUCAACCAUCUCUAACCUGACAACACCAUUGGAUUUUAACCCCAAUGAUUUGGAUGACAUGAUAUCUAAUCAUUUAGAACAACAUGUGAUUCCUGACCUAGAGCAAUUACAAAGUAAACUCAAGGAAAUCAUUCCACGACUUGAAAAACAGGAUAUGGAAUUACAACAAGAAUGGCAAAGGUUACAAGCACAAUUACGAAAACAACGACAAGAAAACCAAGAUUUGGAAGUCAAGCUCUCACGUAAACAACGAGUAUAUGAAGAAGCGGAAGAAAAUGCAAGACAAGAAAAUAUGCAAUAUCAAAAGAAUCGUGAAGAGUCCAAGAGAAUCCUGCAGGAAAUGCGACGUGAAGCAACCACUCAAUUGAUUCGAACAAAACAUCAAGAACAAAUCAUGCAGUUACAAAUGGAAAAGAUGAAAUCAAAAAUAUCAGAACAUGAAACCAAAAUGAUGGAAGAAUUGGAACAAUUGGUGAAAGUAUUCAAUCAAGCUAUGACCCAUUUUUCCUCCAAACUGAAUCAAACUGACACGGAUAGUUUAGAUAGUUAGAUAGAAAUGAUUAUUUGUGUAGAUUAUGUACAUAUUAUAUAUUCCUUAAGAAAUAAAGUCUUUUUUUUUUUUU